AUGAAGUUCACCGCCGUCAUCGCUGCCGCCAUCCUGGCUGCCAGUGCCCACGCUCUCGCAAUCCCCAACCCGGAUACUUACUGCCAUCUUCCGAGACAGUCGUGCUCCAAGGAGCGACGUGAGGCUCUUCCGGAGCCCGUCGCUGUGGCAGGUAAGAAGACUUAUGGUUGUCAUCUCCCCGGCCAGUCUUGCAGCAAGGAUAAGCGCGAGGCUGAGCCUAUGCCCAUUCCUGAGCCCGAGCCCGAACCCCUUCCCAUUGCAGAACCUGAGCCUGAGGCCAGAAAGACUUGGGGCUGCCACCUCCCGGGUCAGUCUUGCAGCAAGAACAAGCGUGAGGCCGAACCGGUUGCGGAACCUGAGCCAGAGGCCAGAAAGACUUGGGGCUGCCAUCUACCAGGACAAUCUUGCAGCAAGGACAAGCGCGAGGCUGAGCCCGUGGCAGAGCCUGAGCCAAGAAAGACUUGGGGCUGCCAUCUUCCGGGACAGUCUUGUAGCAAGGACAAGCGCGAGGCUGAACCUGUUCCGGAGCCUGAGCCUGAGGCCAGAAAGACUUGGGGUUGCCAUCUUCCGGGCCAGUCUUGCAGCAAGGACAAGCGCGAGGCUGAAUCUAUCCCUGAGCCUGCCCCCAGAAGAAAAACCUACGGAUGUCAUCUUCCUGAUCCUCUCCCGGCCCCGGAACCAGAAGCAGAUCCGUACUGCCAUCUGCCCGGCCAGUCUUGCAGCAAGGACAAACGCGAAGCUGAGCCUGAACCUGUUCCCGAACCCGACCCAUACUGCCAUCUCCCCGGCCAGUCUUGCAGCAAGGACAAACGCGAAGCUGAGCCUGAACCUGUUCCCGAGCCCGACCCAUACUGCCAUCUCCCCGGCCAAUCCUGCAGCAAAGACAAGCGCGAGGCUGAACCUAAACCUGUUCCCGAGCCCGACCCAUACUGCCAUCUCCCUGGCCAGUCUUGUAACAAAGACAAACGCGAAGCUAAGCCUGAACCUGUUCCCGAGCCCGACCCAUACUGCCAUCUCCCCGGCCAAUCUUGCAGCAAAGAUAAACGCGAGGCUGAGCCUGUUCCCGAGCCCGAACCUGAACCUUACUGCCAUCGCCCUGGUCAAUCUUGCAGCAAGGAGAAGCGCGAGCCCGAGCCAGUUCCCGAGCCAGUUCCUGAGCCUUACUGCCAUCUUCCUGGUCAAUCUUGCAGCAAGGACAAGCGCGAGGAGAAGUAAACCUCGUCACAAGGGCCUAGGCACAGGCAUAUAGCUGCCAUCUGGUGCUUCAUUCUUUUCUUCUACUAUCCCCGGCACAUCACCGUACACCGACUCUUCCUUUCACAUCAAUACUUUUCCGACAUCAGGCUCGAACAUAGUCGACAUGGGGACACAUCCAUUGUUUCUUGUUUGAGCGGGGCUGGCGUUUCUACCUCUGGAUCUACUUGCGGAGUUUGGAGACUUUGAAAUAGGCUAGCCUUUUUGUAGCAUACCACUGGCCGGGGAUACCUUUACUCGUGGAGAUAACUGCGAUUAUUAACUUAUAUGUUCAUCACUG